AUGGACGCGGCACCAUCGUACAAGGCGUCGCUGCUGUCACACGAUGACGCGUUUCAUACUCUUCUUAAUUUAAUACCGGCUAAAUUUUACGUACCGGCUGAAGACACUGAAGUGGAAUCGAAAUUUCAAAAGAACAAGCGCACCAAGAGCGAGAAGCAGAGAGAAGCAGAAGAACGUAAGCUUCAGACAAAGAAAGCCAAACGCGACAAACUGGACCCUGAUAAUGUCAAAACUGUCGACGAACUGCGCGCAGACAGUCGUGAUGACAUCGACAUUGACUUUGAGGAUGACGAGGAGGUGGAAGAGAUGGAAGACGCUGAUGAGAGCACCUCGGAAGAGCCACCCAAGGAAACUCCCGAGCCACAUACCCAACAGCAAAAUACACGAAGUGCUAGUAUAGCCGAACUGCGUGAGCGACUACAUAACAAGAUCCAGUCGCUGCAUAACAAGCGUCAGCAAAAUUCUACCAGUGAAGCUGAGGCACCCAGUACUAAGCAAGAACUUUUGGAGGCUCGCAGGCGUCAGCGGGGCGAGAUGCGUGAUAAUCGACGGCGUGAGCGAAAAGAGGCCAGGCGCCAAGCGAAGAAUGGUGCCAAGGCAGUUGAAGCCAAGCCCAGCACUGCAUCAGGAUCCUCUCGUUCCGCAGGCUUGCUUGUGCAUGACCCCUCUAGCUCGGCUGCCAAUCAUCCGGGACCGUUGGAAGGGAAGCUUUCCUUCAGCCACGUCACGUUUGAGACGACGCAGGCCCCUGACACGGCACGGAAAAAUAAGUAUGCAUUGCCAAGUGAUCCUAAGGCCGCUUUAGCCACACUGGAAGCUCGAAAGCGGAAGGAAGAGGCUCGAAUUCAAGCGCUCGUGGAGCGUGGCGAGGAUGCCACUCAGCUGCACGAAGCUGCGCGAGAAAAUGAGCGGUGGGGCAAGGCGCUUGCCGCAUCUGAAGGCGUACGCAUCCGUGAUAAUGUGCACCAUCUCAAACAGAAUUUAAAGCGCCGUGAGAAGUCAAAGGAACGCAGCGCCAAAAGUUGGAAUGAACGGCGUAAGGCUGAACAAGAAGCGCAAGCCGCAAAACAAAAGCGACGAAUGGAGAAUUUGGCUGCGCGCCGCACUGGCAAGAAGCCAGGCGAUAAAGUCAAAAAAGGUGCUGGUGCCAAGGCACGCCCUGGCUUUGAAGGCAGUAGUCGCUCGUUAACGGGAGGCAAGGCUUCGCAUGGAUCCUCGCGUGCCUCGAAGCGGUAG